CUUAUAUAUUUAAAUAUUCAUUUAUGCAUUUAUAUAUUCAUUUAUUUAUAUAUUGACUUUAUUUCAAUUUUUCAUUAUUUGUUUAGCUCGAUUUUGAACAUUUUAUUUGAACUCGAACAUAUAAAAUACAUUUUUGUUACAUAUAUCUAUUUACGUUUUUAUCAUAUUUUUUAAUUGGUUUUUUUUAAUUGAAUAUCUUAAAUGAAAAGUUUAACAUAAUCUUUAAUUAUUUGAGAAAGAAUUAAUAUAUUCUAAAGAAACUAGUACUACAAGAGUUAAAACAGUGCAUACGACAACUUAAAAUCUAUACCACACAUAUGUUAAAUGUAUUUAAAUGAAAACAUGUACUACCUCCGUCCCCCUAAGUUUGAGACAAGAAAAGGUGACACAGUUAUUAAUAAAUUUGAGUUUAUGUGGUUGAAAUUGAAUUGAUAAAGUAAGAAUAAAGUAGGAAUGAUUUAGAACCACACAAACUUUACCAAAUAAGUUAUGAGACAAUCUUAGUGGGACGAACCGAAAUGAUAAAAUGGGACAAUCAUAACGGGACAGAGGGAGUACCAAAUAACUAUGAUAGUCCAGCGGUUCUUUCAUAGCUAAGGAGUGAGAGGUUUUGUGUUCAACUCCCACUAGCAACAUAAUUUUUUACUUAAGUAAACCAUAUCCGGAUUAAAUUCUAAAUUAAAACCACCUUAGUUUGGAAAAAAACUCAUGAAAAUUAAAUUCUAAGAAAUGGAUGACAUGACCUUGUGUCUUUUGAAACCCGUGAGAAACAAACUCACAUGUGUAGUAUAGGAGGGAAGCAUAUGCAUUACUAUUGUACUUAGUAUGCAUGUGAACUAAAAACAGCACCAGGCGACUUGGAGGUCACCAACGAAGUAUCUCUCACGUACAUACUCUAGCUAGCUCGCAUGUAUAGUAGCUACUACUUCCACUCUUGUAACCACUAACAUGCACCCCCCAAUAGGGUUGGCAGCAGUUUCUCUGCAACUUGCCUCCUUCAUCCUCCUCCUCUUUUCACCGCCAACCAUUGCCCUAAUUCCACCCAUUAAUGCUGCAGCAACCACUACAAUCACCAAAGGCACCAACAUCACGCAACCGGGAUGCCCAGAAACAUGCGGGAACGUCACGGUCCCGUACCCGUUCGGAGUGGGCCCGGGUUGCGCUCUCGACCCGAGCAUGCAAAUCGACUGCAACACCACUUACAAUCCUCCAAAGCCUCUAAUAGGAAUAAACGUUUGCGUGUACCACAUCUCCGACUCCCAAGUCUGGAUCUCCAACGACGUUGUUUACCAAUGCUACAACCGGAAAGGGGCCGUGAUCUCACAAGAUUGGGCGUCUACAACUUGGACCGAUUUCAGCAAUUACAACGCCUACACUUUCUCUGAUGAAAACAAGUUCACCGUUGUCGGGUGCGACGACGAUGGUACCUUGGCCGGAGACAACCUCGGAAAGAUGAAGCGUUUCACACAGGGCUGCCAAACCUUUUGCAAGAACCCAGAGGAUGUGACUGCCGGAAGCUGUGAAGGUACCAACGGUUGCUGCCAAUACACGAUCCCCAAGGGAUCCAAGUUUUAUAACUUGGUUGGAUUGAGAUCCCCGUCCAACCAUACUCAGGUCUGGUCCGGUAACCCUUGCGGGUACGCGUUUAUUGGGGAAGCCGGCAAGUUUAAAUUCCGGGGCUUCGAUGAUCUUAAAGAUCGUGAUUUUGUACGGAGGGUAAUGGAAAGCGUUCCGAUUGUACUGAAUUGGGGUAUUGGGAAUCUGAGUUGUAAUGUCGCAAAUAAGAGCGAUGGCUAUGCGUGCAAGGAGAAUAGUCAAUGCGUUGACGUUGACGAUGAAUCCGGAGGUUACCGUUGUGCGUGUAACGCUGGUUAUGAGGGCAAUCCUUAUCUCUCUCACGGCUGCAAGGGGGUUCGUAUACCAUACAUCCGGCUGUACGGUGAGCACCGUACAGCCGGCCCAAUUUUAGUGUUUUUAAAUUACUUAACUGUUGGCCCGUGCUCCAAAAGCCCAAAAUUUGAAAAUACCCGGUUGCGGUAAAAUAAAAUACAUGAACGAUUUUUUUUAAAAACAAAAAGCAACUGCAAAUCUCUCAAAAACCGCAAUCUCUUCGCACGAGACACAACUCUUCCCAACUACACCGCCAUAUCUGUAUCUCGACAUUAAUGGUGACCAGUUAAUCGGAGUUGUUGCUUUACGAGCUAGAAGAAGACGGGGAAGGAGAUCUGAGUUCCGAAGUGUUAGGUUUUGAGUACUAAGAACGAACAGAGCUAUGGAUCUCGUUUCAGAAUGGAACAUGCUUUCAAAUGCACAUGAAGAACACGAAAGUGCUGAAGCAUCUGAAAAAAAUCCACCAACAAAGGUUGUAACAGAGAUUCCAGUCCUGCGUAAAAUACCAAAAAGGAAAGCAUUAAAAAGUCCAAAAGUUUCAAAAGCCCUGAAGCAACAAAAGAAGGUAGGUGUUCAAAAGAAAAGAAAAGCAUCUGAAGAGGUUUUAGAAGUUAAACAACAUACAGCUGCAGAUGAGGAUGCUGUUGAUGGAGAAAGUUUCAAGCAGAAUGAGGAUCCAGGUCAGAAUACAGUUCAAGAAAAAAGUGAUGAACAAGUUCAUCAAGAUACUGUUCAGGAAGCUGAAAAAUAUAUUGAAGAAUAUGAGCAUGUAGAGGGAGUUAAUGAGAAAGAAAAUGAUGAUGGCACUACAGCAGAUGUCAAUGCUUUAGAAGAAGUUGAGCAACAUACUGCUGCAGAAAAGAAACAGCUUUUAAUGCAAGCAUUGAUAGAAGAAGUGGGUGAACAAGAGAGUGGUGAAAAAAGAAGAAAGAGCAAAACAUCAAAAGCAAGAAAAGUUGAGAAAAGUGCAAUGCAAGUCUUCUCAAGCAAAAGAAUAACAAGAUCGCAAACAUCAGAAGAAGGUGAUAACAAGGAAAAAGAAGUUGCGAAAACUGGAAAUAAAAGUAAAGUGGUAGCAAAGAGAGAGAAUAAAGAAAAGUUGAAGAAAAAGAAAGAAGACGACGUAGAAGAAGAUGAAGAUGAGGAAACAGAAAAGGAGGGUGAUGAUAACCUUCCAAAGCUAUGGUCAAGAAUGUCUCCUAGAAGUCUAACUGAGGUAAUCACAUCCCUCUCUGAAGAACAGAAGGAAGAAGUGGUAGACAUGGGGUUUGGCCCAAUACUACACUUAAAAAUCAAACAAUUGCCAAUGCAGUUGGCAUAUUGGGUUGUGGACAGGUUUGAUAGCAGGAGUGUUUCAUUGCAUUUGCCAAAGAACGAGAAAUUGCGUGUCACUGAAGAUGCAAUACACUACACAAUGGGAUUUCCAAAGGGAAACUUGGAUGUGAAAAGGUUGAUAGAUACUCAAGGUGAAAAAACAGCAGAGAUGGUGGCUGAUUGGAGAGCACAGUUCAGUAGUGAUAAAGGACUUGUGAGGACUGGUGAACUGAAAGAUCUAUUGGAGAAAAAUAAACAAGCUGGAGGCUGGUUCAAAAAAAAUUUCUUGGUUCUCCUGGUGACUUGUUUAAUUGAAGGAAAGCAGAAUUGCUUUGUCAAUCAAAGCAUACUCAAAGCACUGGAUGAUGAGUCACAAAUAAAGAAUUUUAAUUGGUGCAGUUAUGCUUUGCAGACAUUGAUUGAAUCAAAGGACUACUGGAAUAAAAGCAGAGCACGACAGUUCCCAGGACCUCUUCUCUUUUUGAUUGUGUUUUAUGUUGACAAUAUGGUAUUCAAAGGAAGGAAAGUAGACAGAGGCUUGCCAUCUAUAGUUGGAUGGACAACUCAGAAUCUCAACAAAAGGGAAAAGGAAGAGAUAGAAAGUGGAGGGUUUGGAUUUGGAUACAUAGAUGAACCAAAUCAAGGAACUCUUACAAUUCCAAAUCUGAUUCAGAAUGAAGAGAAUAAGAAAAACGAGGAAGAAUGCAGUGAGCAAGCAGAUAAGGAUAUCAUGAAGGAAUUCGCUUCAGCAGCAAAGCAUUUGGCAGAUAGCAUAGCAAACUUUGAUGAAAAGUUUCAAGAAGCUGCGAAGGUGUUGCCUGAUGAUGAAAAAAUGAAGGUUUUGCUAGGUAAAGUGCAUGGACUCUUCAACACAUACUCAACAGAGCCACAAACAACUGAAAAAGAAAUAAGAAUGACUCCUGAUGAUGAGUUUUGGACUGAAGAGGUUUUAAAGGCAGUUGAAGCUAUUGAAAAAGCUCAGAAAAAAAGGAAUGAUAGGCCUACAUUAAUACAAUACGAAAAGCCCAGUUUCACACUGCUUUCACAAGAGUCAAAUGAGCAUGCAGGUGGCCAGGAAGAUGAAGAACAGAGAGAUGAGCAUGUAUAUGCAGUUGCUGAGCAUCAAGAGGAGCUUGAUGAGCAACACAAUGAAGCUCAGGUAGAUAAUGAAGAGGAGGUGAUAAUAAACGCAAGUGAAGCUAUUCCUGUGACUGAAUUAAAAGAGCAUGAUAGAAUAAAGGCAUCUGAAAAGGGAAAGCAAGCUUGUUUUGAAGGAGAGGGCCAAUGUGGUGCACAUGUGGAAAGAGAAAAAAGACAAGUAAUGCCUGGCCCUGCUCUCAAGUCUCCAUACGUGAUCAGAAUUACAGAAAUGAAGGCAGGAACAACUACUGAAGAAGUCAAACUAGCUAAAUUUGUGUUUGAAGAGAACUCUGAUAAAUCGGUUGUGCUCUAUAAAGAUGGAAAUCUGAUUGUUUCAAGAAAGGAGAUGGAGACUUUGAACAUUGAUUCCAUAGUCAGUCCACUGUUGAUAGAUUUAUGGGCGAUGAUUUUGAAUGAAUUUGAGAGUCUGAAAAGCACUCAAUCAAGGAAUAGAUUGAUAUUCACAACAACACCAUGUAGAGUGUUGGAGGAAAAUCAGAUUAGUGCUGCAGCAACCAGAAACAAGAGAUUCAUUGAAGCUACAAGGAUCCAAUUCAAAAGGGCAUUGCCGAAAGUGAAGAACAUGGACUUGUUUAUCUUCCCAGCUGAACGUAAUGGUAGCUACUACCUAAUGUGCUUUGAUAUGAAGUACAUGAAGUUCUUAAUCAUUGAUAACUGUGACAAGGAAAUAGCAAUAGGAAUGAAGUACCUUUCUCAACCAACCCAACUGAAAAGUGCUGUACUUAAAUGGCUUAAAGAAGAAAAACAUCAGCAUGCUGACAAAGUGAAGAAUAUGAAGCCAGAAGUAGUCAAAAUGGCAUGGAGAAACAAAAAAAACAAAGCUAAUGAUGGUGUCUAUCUGAUGAGACACAUGGAAACUUUUAAUGGAGAGACAGACUGGGAUUGUGGCCUAGAAAAAGAACAUGUAAAGUACUUUUUUAUUUUUAAUCAAAGAUUUAAUGACAUAUUACUAAUAAAUAAAUAAUAUUGUAUGAUAAUACUAACACAAAUAAUCAUGCAGGAAAAGCACAUACAGGUCUUGAGGCUUAAAUACUUGCACAAGAUGUUGACAUUUCAAAGGAAUGAAGUUAGAAUGGAGUUGAUGAACAAAGUGAAGGAAAUGUAGUUCUUCUAAUGAUACUUAUGUUUAACUUAGUUUAAUAUGAACUUCAAAUGCUUCUAUGUUUUUGUUGGCAAAAGACAUAUUUUGUUCUUGUUAAUGUUCGAUGGUGAAUGUACUGGACAUGUGUUUUUAUGAUGAAAGAGACACUUCACGUUUAUGGCAAUGAUCAUUACUAGUACAUUACAUGCUCAUUUUAAAUAAAAAUAUACUCAAUCUGAGGAUUAGAAGUAACUUAAAAUGUAUAAACAUUGAGUGUG